AUGGUUGCAGAAACAAGAACACCCGACAUCGCCAUUGUAGGCGGUGGGCCAUGCGGCCUAGCAUUGGCGGGAAUCCUGGAAAGAAAUGGCUUCGACAACUACAUUCUCUAUGAGCGUGGUUCGCGAGAGGAAAUCCCAAGGGGCGGCUGUUUAGAUCUUCACACCGGCAGUGGGCAGAGGGCCUGUCGCGAGGCAGGCUGCUUCGACCUGAUGCGAAAGUAUGGUCGGGUUGGCGAUGCCACGGAAGCCUGGGUAUGGAGUCAUACAGGCAAUAAGAUCGCCUCAUGGGGGAAAGGUCGUGACGCGCCUGAGCUUGAUCGUUGGCAGAUCAAGGAUGCGUUACUGUCCACUAUCACCCCUUCGAAGAUACGAUGGAAGGCUGAUGUCACCAACUCGACCAGAGACGAGAAGGGGGUUGUGACGCUGCACUUUGCGGACGGGACAAGUGCUUCUGGGUUCAAGCUGGUGGUGGGAGCUGACGGAGUGCGCAGCAAAAUUCGACAUCUGGUGACUGAUGCGCAGCCAAAAUAUUCCGGCUACGGCUUCGUUACAGGCCAUAUCCUUCCCAGCAACCCGCUCUACCCUAAGGUAAAGGAGAUGGCUGGAGUCGGUCCGCAAGCAAUCUUGGGCAAGGGAACGUUCACUUGGAACCAGAUGCAAGCCGAUGAGAAAUAUAGAAUCGACUACGGAUUUGCAAGAGCUGGCCAGUUCGUGUUCGAGGAUCUCGACCUCAGCGACGAGGCGGCAGUUCGGAAGAUGAUGCUCACCGGGCCAUACUCGGACCAUGCCCCAAUAUUCAAGGAACUGAUCGAGGGCACGACUGGUCCUUUCCAUCUAUGGCCGCUGUGGUAUAUGCCCGUAGAGAGCCUCAACUGGCAAGCGAAGCCAGGAGUGACCCUGGUCGGCGACGCAGCACAUGUGACAACACCUCAUGUUGGCGACGGAGUCAACCUGGGAAUGCGCGACACCAUCAUUCUGGUGGAGAAGCUGAAACAAUUUGGCAUUACCACCGAGGCAAUUGCGGCCUAUGAGAAGGAAAUGUUUGAAUUUGCCAUCGAUGUCAUUGAGCGAAGUCUGGAAAGUGCUACUUACUUCCACCAUGACAAUGCACCGGACGCCUUCUUCGAGGGAAUGACAAAUUAUCAAGCGCGCACUGGGCAUUUACUGAUAGGCAAGACAGAUGACUACUAG